CAUCGAGUCUAAUCGCGAAAUGGAUUUGAUGGCUAAACACAUAACAAAGAAUGAGACAGGAGUUGUGUUCCUUGGUGAUGCGGCGUUCCCAUCAAAUUCGAAAAUCGGUGUGAAAAGAACAAAACGAACACCGGAUCAGCGAAAGUUCAUAGUUAGCCUAAAAAAGGACGGCAAAACGGAUGUUGUGCUUACACCAGAGCCGUAUACAUCACAAACCUGUGCCAAUUGCUUGCGGCGAUUUCCAAGAAGCACAAAAAGUGACCGAUUCAAAGUAUGCAAAGAUUGUCGCCCACACAAGGAUGUGAGACUCCCACCGGUUAUCGUGACUGAUCGAAGCAGACGGCGCAAGCAACGUGAUCGAAAACAAAACGCCAGCCAAAAGCCAACAGCAAAUGUAACUAGAGCCGAAAGAGCUGAGAAGCACCGGGAAAAGCGUCGAAGUGAGCGUGAAAGCCACAAUCCAGAGCAAUUGGAUACCGAACAGGCAGUGAGACGGUACAAUCGACGCAUACGACGGCGUAAACUACGUCAACGACGUCGAGUUGCAGGCCAUCGCAGCCGUAAAGUAACCAAACAACCGGAAGCGGAAUCCGAUUCGCCAGGUUUUGAUAAAAUUGGUGACACAAGUAUUUGCAAGAUUCGUGUCAAAAAUCGUAAGGCCAAACCACAAUUAUGGCAGCGAAUACAUUACAAUGCAAAUGAUAAAGGAAUUGGGGAUUUGGGGUCAAAGAAAAUACUCUUCCAGAAAAACUGGCACUCAAGCCCAAUGAAUGAUCAGAACGCUUUUACUGUUACUUGGCAUCGUGACAUCUGUGCGGCGAAGUGCAUCUUGUACAGAGGCCGUUGUAUGGUUUUCGACUUGAAUGUGCACGAAUCAUUUGUGUUACCACCAGAAAGGAUAUGGCCAAAAUGUCGAGAUGACCAAUCGAGAUGGCCAAUCAAAUGCUGUCGAUGAAAAGUAGAGCGUAGAUCAAGAGGAUAAAAUAAAGCAUUAACGAUUAGUUAAUUUCAAAGCUUGAUUUUUGUGGCUUUGUACAUUAAAAUGUGUGUGCAAAUACACGAUGUAAUACGGGUUAAACCCGUAGGUAAGUUGUUGUAUGUAAGAUUUUCUCAGUCAGUUGGUCAAUUUCAAUAUCCACACCAAUAUUUAUUACCAAA